CUGACUUCGGUGUAGCCGCAAAAAUAACAGCCACCAUUGCGAAGAGGAAAUCAUUUAUUGGUACACCGUACUGGAUGGCCCCAGAAGUUGCAGCGGUGGAGAAGAACGGGGGAUAUAACCAGCUCUGCGAUAUCUGGGCGGUCGGGAUCACGGCGAUUGAACUCGCGGAGCUUCAGCCGCCCAUGUUUGAUCUUCACCCGAUGAGGGCUUUGUUUUUAAUGUCAAAAAGUAAUUUUCAACCACCAAAGCUAAAGGAAAAAGCAAAGUGGUCAUCAACAUUCCAUAAUUUUGUCAAAAUAGCACUUACAAAAAAUCCAAAGAAGAGACCAACAGCAGAUAGGCUCCUUUCUCAUAGCUUUGUAGGGCAGCCUGGUCUUUCAAGAUCUUUAGCCGUUGAGCUGUUGGACAAAGUUAAUAAUCCUGACAACCACACACACUACAGCGUAGUUGACGAUGAUGAUUUUGAGCCUCACUCCGUCAUCCGCCACACAAUUCGUUCUACGAACAGGAAUGUCAGGGCAGAGAGAACAGCGUCGGAGAUAAACUUUGAUAAGCUGCAGUUCGAGCCCCCUCUGCGAAAAGAAACAGAAGCUCGGGAUGAAAUGGUCGUGGCAGCUGGCACCGACUUUGCUUCGCAUUGGAAUCCUUUCGUUGAUGGUGGAAGCAGCAAGGGCCUGCUUACAAAAUUUGCCGAUGGGAGUGAAGAUAUUGAAGAAUCGACACUAAAACGAGCAGGGCCACCUCCGCUACCUCCUAAGCCGAGAAUCAACAGUUACCCUGAGGAAAACCACCCGGAUGAUGAGAAAUGUCAGACGAUAAAGCAUUUCCCCGACUCGCAGAGCAGAGCCCCACCAGCUCACAGGAGACAAAGUAUCCCUGUUUACGGGCCUCAGACCGAUCCUUCCCCCGUUGGUAUGACCAGCAGCAUCAGCAGCCCUGGAUUGCUCACAGCUAGAUACAGCGACGUAGGAAGUGGGAAUGGCGUGCUGAAACUCAUAGAAGAAAAUGCAGAAGGGUCCGGACAAAUCCCUCAACUGCCACGUAAAAAGGAGAAAAGAGAUUUUCCUAAGCCAGCAAUCAAUGGUUUACCACCGACACCGAAGGUGCUGAUGGGAGCGUGUUUUUCCAAAGUCUUCGAUGGUUGUCCUUUGAAGAUUAAUUGUGCAACAUCGUGGAUACAUCCGGAUACUAAAGAUCAGUACAUUAUCUUUGGCACAGAAGAAGGUAUCUAUACAUUGAAUUUGAACGAACUUCAUGAAGCAACAAUGGAACAGUUAUUUCCCCGAAAGUGCACCUGGCUGUAUGUUAUCAACAACACCUUAAUGUCCUUGUCAGAAGGGAAAACGUUCCAGCUCUACUCCCAUAAUUUAAUAGCUUUGUUUGAACAAGCCAAGAAAACAGGAUUAGCUGCUCAUAUUCAAACCCACAGGUUUCCUGACAAAAUAUUACCAAGGAAGUUUGCCUUAACCACAAAGAUCCCUGACACAAAAGGAUGCCACAAAUGCUGUAUAGUACGAAAUCCAUACACGGGACAUAAGUACCUGUGUGGUGCGUUGCAGUCUGGAAUUGUUCUGCUACAGUGGUAUGAGCCAAUGCAGAAAUUCAUGUUAAUAAAGCACUUUGAUUUUCCCUUGCCGAGUCCUCUGAAUGUGUUCGAAAUGCUGGUGAUCCCCGAGCAGGAGUACCCCAUGGUGUGCGUAGCCAUCAGCAAGGGCACCGAACCAAAUCAGGUCGUUCAGUUUGAGACAAUCAACUUGAACUCCGCUUCUUCGUGGUUUACAGAAAUCGGUGCAGGCAAUCAGCAGCUGGAUGCCAUUCACGUAACACAGCUGGAAAGAGACACGGUCCUGGUCUGCCUGGACAAAUUUGUGAAGAUUGUCAAUUUACAAGGGAAAUUGAAGUCGAGCAAGAAAUUAGCCUCCGAGCUGAGCUUUGAUUUCUGCAUUGAGUCAGUGGUGUGCCUUCAAGACAGCGUGCUGGCCUUCUGGAAACACGGCAUGCAGGGCAAAAGCUUCAAGUCAGACGAAGUUACCCAAGAAAUAUCAGAUGAAACCAGGGUUUUCCGCUUACUGGGAUCAGACAGGGUGGUAGUGCUGGAAAGCCGGCCGACAGAGAACCCGACUGCACACAGCAACCUCUACAUCCUGGCUGGACACGAAAAUAGUUACUGA